AUGCAUAUCAUCAAGCCGGUUUGGCUGACCCAUGGAGGGGAGAGAAAAGACUUUGAGGUGUAUAGUUGCGACGUAUCGCCGGACGGAAGCCGUUUGGUUACAGCUGCUGGAGAUGGAUACGUUCGGAUAUGGUCUACAGAGGCCAUCUACAACACGGGAGCCCCCGAGUAUGCGGGCAAGCCCAGGCAGCUUGCGUCGAUGAGCAACCAUUCGGGGACGAUUCACACGGUGCGGUUUUCGCCGAACGGGAAAUACCUGGCGUCCGGGGCGGAUGACAAGAUCGUCUGUAUCUACACCUUGGAUGCGAAUCCGCCUUCUCAUGCGUCGACGUUUGGAUCGAACGAAGCACCCCCUGUCGAAAACUGGCGCACAAUACGGAGGUUGAUCGGGCAUGACAAUGAUGUCCAGGACCUGGGAUGGUCGUACGAUUCCUCGAUUUUGGUCUCUGUCGGCCUGGACUCGAAAGUCGUGGUCUGGUCAGGUCAUACUUUCGAGAAGCUCAAGACGCUGUCCAUCCACCAGAGCCAUGUCAAAGGCAUUACUUUCGAUCCAGCGAACAAAUACUUUGCGACUGCUAGCGAUGAUCGGACCGUUCGUAUCUUUCGAUUUACCUCUCCCUCGCCCAGCUCCACUGCCCAUGACCAAAUGAACAAUUUCGUGCUCGAACAGACCAUUACUGCGCCUUUCCAGAACUCACCCUUGACUGCCUACUUCCGUCGAUGCUCCUGGUCCCCCGAUGGAAUGCACAUUGCGGCUGCCAAUGCAGUGAACGGCCCCGUCAGCUCGGUUGCGAUCAUCAAUCGUGGGUCAUGGGAUGGCGAUAUCAACCUGAUUGGGCACGAAGCGCCUGUGGAAGUGUGCGCAUUCUCUCCUCGAUUAUACUCGAGCCAGCCCGCCAGCAAAUCGACGGUCGAUACCCAAAAUCAAGCGUUGUCAAACGUCACGGUCAUCGCUUGUGCUGGAGGAGAUAAGUCACUGAGUAUCUGGAUCACCAGCAAUCCCAGACCUAUUGUUGUUGCGCAAGAGGUGGCUGCCAAGGCGAUCUCUGAUCUGGCUUGGAGCCCGGACGGCAGAUGUCUGUUCGCAACCGCUCUGGACGGUACAAUUCUUGCUGUUCGCUUCGAAGACGGGGAACUAGGCUAUCCCAUGGCAAUGGAAGAGAACGAGAAAUCACUCACGAAAUUUGGCACAAAUCGGAGAGGCGCUGGUAUCGCGGAGACGACGGAUGGCCUGCUGCUUGAAGAGAAGAGUAAGGCUGGAGAGAUCAAGGGGGUGGAGGGACGAAUGGGUGCGCUCAUGGGUGACGGCCAUGCCGCCACAGAAAGUAUGGUCAAUGGCAAAUCUGCACCACUUGCGUCAAAUGUUGCAACCCCCGCACGCGUCCCGUCGCCUGCCCCAGAUGCUCAGAAGGGCCAACCAAAUGGUACUACGUCGACACCAGCAGCCGCAGAACCAGAGAAGCCGGAUCCGUACCAGGCUAAGUUGGAGAGGCUGAAGCAGCGCCCGACAUAUACGAAGGACGGCAGGAAACGGAUUGCACCCCUUUUAGUAUCAGGAGCCGGCGCGGCAGAGUCGUCUCUACCCCAGGCGCGGCUUAUGGCCUCAGUUAGCAGCCAAGUGAAGGCCGAUGCACCACAAUCUAUCGUUGACCUUUCCAAACCCUUCGAUGGGCUACCCAAAGGUGGCCUUGCGGCACUGCUCUUCGGUAACAAGCGGAAGCUUGCGCAGCUUGAGGGCGACGAAGAUGGCCAAGUGGAAAAACGGGUAGCAUUGGCCAGCCAGAACGGCGCAACGCCGAUUCUUGCAAACACCCCCGAUGGACUUCUUCCUGCACAGCCUCAGCCCGCACCUACGGGACAGCAGCCUACACCAGAGUUUAUCCGACCCGCGGUGACAAAUCCCUACAUGGCAAUCAGCCAGCUCCGGCUUGCGGUACCCAAGGUUCGCAGCCAGAUCGUACGGGCCAUUGACUCCACUGGAAAGCCAACCGAGCCACCGAGCGCUACAGGAGAACCCGGCAAACCGCGCGCUGAUGUCGUCUUUGAGGCUCGGAAUCCUUCCUCCGCUAGCUUGACCGGCAGAGCGGUCGACCGGGAGCCCGUACGUCUUACGCUGUUUCGAGGCGAGCAGCCACUGUGGCAGGACUUCCUCCCACGUACCGUCUUGCUUGUGACGGGUAACCAGAGUAUGUGGGCCGCCGCCUGUGAGGAUGGAUCGGUUUAUAUCUGGACUCCUGCCGGCCGCCGACUUGUCAGUGCAUUGGUACUCGAAGCGCAGCCCGUCAUUCUAGAGUGCAAUGGUCCGUGGAUGCUCUGUAUAUCGGCAGUGGGCAUGUGCUAUGUCUGGAACGUCAAACACCUCUCUUCUCCCCACCCUCCCGUCUCUCUCCAGCCUGUACUGGAUGCAGCAAUCCAUGCUCUGGGUGCGCAUCCGUCGGCGGCCCCAGCCAUAACCAACGCGCGGAUCAACUCUGAAGGGCGUAUCGUUGUUGCGCUGACUAACGGAGAAGGGUACUCCUAUUCCCCUUCUAUGUACGCAUGGCAGCGAAUCUCUGAGGCCUGGUGGGCGGUGGGCAGUCAGUACUGGAACUCGACAGAGGCUCCCGUGGGCAACUUGCGGUCGGCGGACUCGAAGCAAGACAAGGAAGCCAAGGCGACAGUUUCAGCGGGCAUCAUUCCGUUCCUGGAGCGCAACACAACUAACGAGACCCUUCUUCGUGGACGAGCGUACUUCCUGCAACGGCUGAUCAAGGUUCUUCUGUCCCGGGAAGGCUACGAGAGCUUCGAGUCUAGUGUCUCAAUCGCCCAUCUGGAGAAUCGACUGGCCGCGGCAUUGUCGCUUGGAGCGAAAGAAGAGUUCCGGCUCUACCUGUCUAUGUACGCUAAGCGGAUUGGCGCAGAAGGUCUGAAGAUGAAGGUGGAAGAGCUGCUGAAAGGCCUGAUCGGAGGACUGUUCGAGGAAGAGGACGAGGGCGGCACGAUGAGACGGCUCCAACCCAACGAGAAAGAAGACCGGAACUGGCAGGAGAACUCGGAGACUCUGUGUGGCUGGCCGCGCGAGGUACUGCUGAAGGAAGUGAUCUUAGCCCUAGGUAAACACCGGGAUCUCCAGCGAGUAACCGUCCCUUAUGCCAAGCUGCUGGGGGUGGUCGAGAAUGAAUCGGAAGACGGCGAUGCAAUGGAGACAUGA